AUGUGGUUGCGUGACGAACUCCAUAUUAUCCCUCGAUCAGCGAUGAGCACAGAAGUUGAAGCUCCAUAUUUGAUCGCGCCUGAACAGGUUGUGCUUCUGGUUCAACACGGUUACGGCAAAGUCAGGGUUCAGAAGGAUCCUCUUCCAUGCACUUCCAAUCAGACUGCCUGCUUGGAGGGCGAGGGCUCUUCUGUGAAUGAGAAAAAGCGAGCUGGAGUGGAUGCUGUUGAAAGGAAAGCGAAGACGUUGGAGCGGAGUACACAAGGACUAGGAUGUUGCGCUGAAAAGGGGAAGGUGGUUGCGGAGGGAGAUGGGGUCAGCGAUGAAGCAACAAAAGCCUCAAAUAAAGGAAAGGAUUCGAAGCAAGGGAAAACUGAGGAACCAGAAGUGAUACUUCUCAGAAAGAUGGACCCCGACGAAAAUAUCUACCGAUGGCUUGACGAGUUCGAGGUGCCAGUGCCGUGCACUCGCGAAUUCCGCGCUAGACAACUCGUCUACUACGAUCUCUGGAGUAGAGGCUACUAUUUAACAAGUGGCGAGCAGUUUGGUACUGCAUGGUUAGUCUACGAA